ACUGUAUGCACCUCUAUACAUAUAUUACAAGAUUUUAUUUUUAUUACGUGUUGAGUUAAGGUGUGGUGUAUAAACUGUGGUUUAAAUGUUUUUAACAACAUGAUCCAAGUAUUUGUGACGUUUUCCCAGGAUGUAUAUUACCCCGGUCAGUUGAUACAGGGUAGGGUGAUAAUAGAAGUUAAAAAGGAAGAGACGAUUCGUGGUAUCGAUCUAUAUUUCAACGGAGUUGCCAAUGUUAGAUGGAAGGAGACAAAAACACUGGAAAUAAAACAAUUUACAAAAACUACAAAUUAUUUUUCAAAACAUAUUUCCUUGCUUAAAGGAAAUCAGACGUUAUCGACCGGAAGAAAUGUAUACCCAUUCCAAUACCAAUUACCUGGUGGUAUACCGUCGUCAUUUCAAGGACAAUAUGGCGGAGUUCAAUAUCGUUUAAAGUGUGUUGUUGACUCUCCAUUUAAACAAGUUAAGAUUAUUGCCGAUAAGAAGAUAUCUGUAAUCCAUGAUUUGGAUCUCAACUCAGAACCCCAAGCCAGGGAAAGUCCAUUAUUAGAAAAACAGCUGACUUUAAGCGGUGGUCUGUACCGUACUCCUGGACGAAUAAAGGUUGCAUUUAAACUAAAUCAAUGUGGUUAUGUACCCGGUGAAUCAAUUCCCAUCCACGCCACGGUACAAAAUGAAAGUAGUAAAACAUUAAAAGGUUCAAGUGUAUGUCUUAAACAAGUUGUUAAAUACCAUGCAGAAAACAAAACAAAAGUAGCAUGCGAAGUGAUUACAAAGCUUUCCCGUGGACGAAUAAAACCGGGUGGUGAAGAAGUAUGGGAAGGUGAAUCAUUGAUGGUACCCCAAGUACCGGUUUCCAGAUUGCCUGCUUGUUCUUUUAUUGAAAUAUUUUAUGUAAUUACGUUUAUAGUCGACGUGGGUUUUCUUAAUUCAUGCGUAGAACUGAGUAAGGAUAUUUUAAUUGGGUCUGUUCCGCUACGUAUCGGUGAUGGACAAAGAGAAUAUGACCAACACAGCCACCCUUCUGGUACAAAUGAUGGUAUCUUGCAGUCAAAACCAGGGAAAUUAGAAAAGUCACCCACUACUUUAUCCCGUCCUGUUACCCCACCACCAUCCUAUGAUGAGGUUGUAUUAUCUGAAAAGCACACGCUGAACAAGUCGUGCCCUGACAAUUAAAAAAGCCAGAAUGAAAGAUGUGUUUGAUGUUAUUGUCUACCUCGGGGUCUUGGUUUAGCUUGGUGCCUAGUUUAGCUUGGUGCCUAGUUUAGUUUGGUGCCUAGCUUUGCUUGGUGCCUGGUUUGGUUCGGUACCUUAUACUUUUUUUUUUUAUCUUAGUUUUGAUAUUUUUGCCAAACAGUGUUAGACAAUAUACAAUACACUACAUUUAUUAUAAUAUCACCAUUAUAAUACCAUUAAUAUUGUUAAAACAAAUAUAUCAUUAAUAUUGUUACAACUAAUAUCACUCCAUUAUUGUUACAGUAAAUAUCACCUUUAUAAUACCAUUAAUAUUGUUACAGUUAAUAUUGAAUGUUACAACAAAUAUCACCAUUAAUAUUGAAUGUUAUAACUAAUAUCACCAUUAAUAUUGAAUGUUACAACUAAUAUCACCAUUAAUAUUGUUACAACUAAUAUAUCAUUAAUAUUGUUACAACUAAUAUCACCAUUAAUAUUGUUACAACUAAUAUAUCAUUAAUAUUGUUACAACUAAUAUCACCAUUAAUAUUGAAUGUUACAACUAAUAUCACCAUUAAUAUUAUAAUAUCAUUAAUACUGUUACAAUUAAUAUCACCAUUAAUAUUGUUACAACUAAUAUAUCAUUAAUAUUGAUACAAUUAAUAUCACCAUUAAUAUUAUAAUAUCACCUAGUAAUUAUUGCGUAAAGGUAAAUAUUCGUCAUUCCUCCUUAUUGAAAUAAGACUACUUGCGUAAAGUUAAACAUCGGCUACUUUCUAGAUAUGUAAACCUUCUCAUUACAUUUACAGAAGACCGACUUUAUCGCCGGUGAAAACCCGUACUAUACAUGGACAAUGGACCUUUAAUAGAGCCUAUAUAUAUACAUUGUAUAUUCUCCUCUAAAUAUAUUUAUAAAACAUAAAUUUAUACAGAUCGAAUAUGCUUGCAAAUGUACUUUUAAAAGAUCACCCCGAUUUUAAUUGUUGAACCGUUGAAUAAAAUAUGUUUUUUGACAAAAGAAAA